AUGACUUCUCAAAAUUUAUCUUCUGUAAUUUCAAUAACUUCAUAUGAUUCAUCUUCAAUGGCUUCGCAUUAUUCAUCUGAAGCUGAAAGAGAAACUGAAAAUGAAACACGUUCAAAACAUCCUGGAGGAAGACUACUGAAUCCUGUUUGGGAGCAUUUUGCUGCAACUCUAUUAAAAUCACCUGGCCAUUUUUCUGCAGUAUGUAAAUAUUGCAAUACUCAAUUUAGCCAUGGGUAUCCAAAUGAACUUAAGAUGCAUCUUGCAAAAGAAUACGCUGGUUUAAGAAAGGGAAUGUACACACAAAUUACCCUUUAUGCUGCACAAUUAUGGCAAUUGAUGGGAUACAAAGAUAAAUUAUUUGCACAAACUCUUAUUGCUCAAAUUAUCAAAUUUAAGGAAAAAGAAUUUCUAUACAAUGUUGGAUAUGAUAGCCAACUAUCAUAUAAUGUAAAAAACAAAACUGAAGAUGAAUUAGUAGCAUUGAUUCAAAGAUCUUAUCUGUUUGAUGCCGAGGAUGAAAAUGAUAUAAGCGAAGACUAUGAAGAUGAAAAUAAUGGAGAAUCGGAUGAUGAUUUAGAGAUUCCUAAUCAUCAAGUAGUAGUUCUUGUUAUUAAUAACGUUGUAGAUUUGUAUUAUAAAGUGUUUAAUCAAGUAGGGGAUUUGUAUGUCCCUAAUGAAGACAAUGUCAAUUCUAAUGUCGCUAUGAAUGAAGAUCAUGAAUUUAAUUUAGAAGAAUUAGUUCAAGAUCUUGAUUAA